AUUUCCCAUCGCUCUCGUUUCUCUCUCUCUUAAUUCUUGUGCAGUGAGCCUUUCUCCCUCUAUCUCUGUCUCUAAAUGUAUGUGUAUAAAUGUAUAUCUAUAUAUAGCCCUCCUUCUCCCUCCCUCUCUUCUCUCUCUGAUCAUCAUAACCGUCGUCUUCCUUGUGUUCCUCUAUCUGAGAGCAACCCUGUUGUUCACCUUAGACAGACUCGGAAGAGGAGAGGGAGCUUUGUUGUUUCUCUCUCUGCUACAAUGUCGGCUUGCAAAGACCAAGAUCCUCGUAUCCAUGGCAUCAAAACUAAGAUUCGCGUAGUCCCCAAUUUUCCCAAACCAGUUUUUGUUUUUUGUGCAUGUUUGUUGAUGGUGGGAAUGGCAGGGAUUAUGUUUCAAGACAUAACGACUCUGCUACUUGAUCCGAAGGCGUUUAAGGAUACAAUUGAUUUGUUCGUGGAGAGGUACAAGGGCAAAAAUAUUUCCGUUGUUGCAGGCAUAGAAGCACGGGGUUUCAUAUUUGGUCCCCCCAUUGCAUUGGCGAUUGGAGCUAAGUUUGUACCCUUGAGAAAACCAAGAAAGCUGCCUGGUGAAGUUAUUUCUGAAGAGUAUAUUUUGGAAUAUGGAAGGGACUGCCUUGAGAUGCAUGUUGGAGCAGUUGAGCCUGGUGAUCGUGCUUUGGUAGUUGAUGAUCUAAUUGCUACUGGUGGCACUCUUUGUGCAGCUAUGAAUUUACUUGAGCGUGUUGGAGCAGAAGUAGUUGAAUGUGCAUGCGUAAUUGAAUUACCAGAUUUAAAGGGUCGUGACCGAUUGAAUGGCAAGCCAUUAUACAUACUAGUUGAGUACCAUUGAAUCGAGGGGGUGAUGCUGAUACAAUUCUACUGCAAUGUUGCAGCAUUAGGAACUGUACAUUAGAGGGAUAUCAUUGGCUACUAGUCAUUGGAGUCUUUUCAAUUUUCUCCCCUUUGCUUGUCUUUAGUGAAUUUUGAUGAACUUUGUUGGUUGAGACCCUUUAUUUUCCCUAAAUUAGCACAGGUACAUUUAAUUUAUGCAAAGGGCUUGAAUUUGAGAAAUGCUUAUUAAGAAUUUCUCAUUCUUUUUCCUCCA